GGUAGCUCAUCGAUCAUGAUAGUUAGAGCCAAUCCGAAUCGCUAAAUCGCUAGUUGUGUGUACUCUUGUCCACUCUUGUCUUUACGUUUUACCAGCGUUUUACUCGCAGCAAAAGAAACACAAUCACACAAAUAACUUUGUCGGUGUUUCCUUGCUAUCCCUAUUCGAAAUUUCGUAUAGGAACACAAAUUUGAGCAGGGAGCUUCCGUUAAGUCUGCAGGAAAAUGCGUGGCCGCGGUCGCGGAAUGGGUCGCGGAGGCCUCCUCCGCCGGGGACCGGUCAAGUUUAGCAACCCUUUUGUUCCCCGAUUUCCAUUCGAUCUUCUGUUGUGUGAAUCAGCCUUCCCAAGGGUCACUCCACCCUUAGAUGAAACCGCCCUGACAGAGGCUCUGCUAAAGAAAAGCACUGAUCUCACUCCAUCAACGCAGGACCAAACAGCCGUCCUAAACUUGGUCACCAAACUGCAAGCCGUUCUUGAUGCUAUUGUUGUCACCCCUGGCACCUUGGAAGCAUGCCAACUCGCAGAAGUGCGUCAAGUUGGGUCUUUCAAAAAGGGUACUAUGAUGAUAGGCACCCCUGUUGCAGACAUGGUUGUCAUUCUAAAAACGCUGCCAACUAGAGAGUCAGUGGAAGCUUUGGCUGCGAAGGUUGUUGAGGAUCUCAAGGCUCAGGAGCCAGUUGAAGUUCUUAGUUGCUUAAUAACAGAGGCUGGGUUUGACAUCAGCAACACCGAAGUUAAUGUGCACAUAUUAAUUACGACAAUACCACCAAACCUCCGCAAGCUGAACCCUGAGCUUCACAUGGAUCCUAAAGUUUUGUGCAGAAACCUUGCAGCUAUAAGACACAUACGAUGGUUUGAAGACAAUGUGCACCACUCAUCAGUCAAAGUUUUAAUAAGAGUUCUUCGUGACAUGCGAUCAAGAUUUGAAGGACUAUCGUCCCUCACCCCCUGGAUGAUCGAUCUCUUAGCCCAUUACUCUGUAAUGUACAAUCCAAGUCGUCAAGCCUUACCUAUCAACAUUGCAUUCAAGAGAGUUUUGCAACUUUUGGCUGGUGGUCUAUUCUUACCAGGUUCAGCAGGGAUUCCUGAUCCUUGUGAAGGAGGCACUGUGAGGGUUCACACAGCACUCACCUUGGAGCAGCAAGAUAUUUUAUGUUUGACGUGUCAGACUUUAAUGCGAAUACUGCAACAUGGUGGCUACAAAGUCAUUCUUGGCUUAGAAACAUUGAAAAAAGACAUUCUCGUUGAGCCUACAACGUGGAAUGGCAUAACUGUGACGCCCCUGAACAUGUGCUAUGAGAAGCCACCUGAGAAGAAAGAGGACGAUGAAUGCACUGAAGAUAUGGAAGCUGAAAAUGCAUAUGAAGAGAUGGAAACUGCUGAUCAAGCAUAAAACGAUAAAUUUGCCCUCUGCGCAUGAGUCUAGUAAAAAUAGGCAAAAACUUCAAUUCACUUCAAGUAAACAGUAAUUAAAAUUUUUAUAGUUUGCGCCGACCAUGCAUUCGAGUAUGGGGGCCAGGGCGGCCACAAGUUCAUCAUCAUGCAUACCGUUUUAGAAAUUUUGGUGCAUAAUUUUCAAAAGUUAAAAUUAAUCCAUGGGAAUUUCAAACACAAUUUAUUAGUUCUUAUUUUGAAAUUCCAUUUAAGUGUGUGAGCGCUUGUGUGAUUUUAGCACCUUGAAGGGGGCAUUCAAUAUCUUCAAAAAGUUUUGUAAGUUGUAUUGUAUGUAGCUUUAUAAGUUAUGCAUUAUGAAAUUUUAAGAAACUCCUUUUAAUAGCACUACAAUAAAAAAAAGAAACCUCCCUCAGCAUUGGUCAAGAAAUUGUGUUUAAAAAAUUUAAAAAAGCAUUUUUUAGGAGAAUGCUUGAACGAAGUAAAAUAAUAUGUAAAAUUACAAUUCAUUUCAAAAUUUGUUCUUUUGUGAGGAAAAAAUUGUUAAAAAAUUAAGACAGUAAAAAACAAUAAUUUGCUUCACAGAAAAGAAAAAUUAGUUAAUGUAUCUUGCAGAAAAAAAAAACAGAAUGUGCUUGAACAUUUCAUCUCUGUCAAUUCAUGGCAAAAUCAUUUCAGUUCCCUGCCCAGGAAAAACCCUUACUCUUAAAAUGUAUUAUAAUUUUUGCUUUCACAUUGAAUUUUCAAACCUUAAAAAUAUUAAUGUAUAUCAGAAAAAUGUAAGAAGUUUGGUAAUCUAAUAUUUAAUUUAACUCUAAUUAUUCAGUCACAUUUUCUUAAAAUUUUGAAUGUUAGAAAUUGAAAAUUGUAAUCAACAAAAGUUUUGUGAGGGACAUUAAAAAAAAUGAA